UUCUCCUUUCCCCUUCCUCCCUUCCCUGGCCCGCCCUCUCCUCUUCCACCUGUCCUUCCUCCCCGCUCCGGGGAGCCCCCGUUUUGGAUUAGUUGGGGGCCACUGCCGGAGGCGGGGGAGGGGGCCCCGUGGACUGCCCUCUCCCCCCCGCCCCCGGCCACACCACCACCCAGCGCCAGAGCAUCUCCCCGUUGUCUUUCUCGGGCCUCGAGGGAGCCCAGCCCUCCGUCCCACCAGGAUCCGUGGCGAGUGGGGGCCGCGGCAGCUGCGUCCCCAUGAGGAGGGGAGGAAGAUGCCGGCUGAGCUGCUGCUGCUGCUGAUUGUUGCCUUCGCCAGCCCCAGCUGCCAGGUGCUCUCAUCACUGCGCAUGGCUGCAAUCCUGGACGACCAGACAGUGUGUGGCCGCGGCGAACGUCUGGCCCUGGCUCUGGCCCGGGAGCAGAUCAACGGGAUCAUCGAAGUCCCAGCCAAGGCCCGGGUGGAAGUAGACAUCUUUGAGCUUCAGCGGGACAGCCAGUACGAGACCACGGACACCAUGUGUCAGAUCCUGCCCAAGGGGGUCGUGUCUGUCCUGGGGCCCUCGUCCAGCCCUGCGUCUGCCUCCACCGUGAGCCAUAUCUGUGGAGAGAAGGAGAUCCCCCACAUCAAGGUGGGUCCCGAGGAGACACCCCGCCUGCAGUACCUGCGCUUCGCGUCCGUCAGCCUGUACCCCAGUAACGAGGACGUCAGCCUGGCCGUCUCCCGAAUCCUCAAGUCCUUCAACUACCCCUCGGCCAGCCUCAUCUGCGCCAAGGCCGAGUGCCUCUUGCGGUUGGAGGAGCUAGUGCGUGGCUUCCUCAUCUCCAAGGAGACGCUGUCAGUGAGGAUGCUGGAUGACAGCCGGGACCCCACGCCGCUGCUCAAGGAGAUCCGCGAUGACAAGGUGUCCACCAUCAUCAUUGAUGCCAAUGCGUCCAUCUCCCACCUCAUCCUCCGUAAAGCUUCAGAGCUGGGAAUGACCUCAGCGUUUUACAAAUACAUCCUCACCACCAUGGACUUCCCCAUCCUGCACCUGGACGGGAUCGUGGAGGACACCUCCAACAUCCUGGGCUUCUCCAUGUUUAACACCUCACAUCCCUUCUACCCCGAGUUUGUGCGCAGCCUCAACAUGUCCUGGAGGGAGAACUGUGAAGCCAGCACCUAUCCAGGUCCCGCGCUGUCGGCGGCCCUGAUGUUUGACGCCGUGCACGUGGUGGUGAGUGCCGUCCGGGAGCUGAACCGCAGCCAAGAGAUCGGUGUGAAGCCGCUGGCCUGUACGUCGGCCAAUAUUUGGCCCCAUGGGACCAGCCUCAUGAACUACCUGCGCAUGGUAGAGUAUGACGGGCUGACCGGGCGGGUCGAGUUCAACAGCAAAGGGCAGAGGACCAACUACACCCUGCGCAUCCUGGAGAAGUCCCGGCAAGGCCACCGUGAGAUCGGGGUAUGGUACUCUAACCGGACCCUGGCCAUGAACGCCACCACCCUGGACAUCAACCUGUCGCAGACACUGGCCAACAAGACACUGGUGGUCACGACCAUUCUGGAGAACCCGUACGUCAUGCGGCGGCCAAACUUCCAGGCCCUGUCCGGGAACGAGCGCUUCGAGGGCUUCUGCGUGGACAUGCUGCGGGAGCUGGCCGAGCUGCUGCGCUUCCGCUACCGCCUACGGCUGGUGGAAGACGGGCUGUACGGGGCGCCCGAGCCCAACGGCUCCUGGACGGGCAUGGUCGGCGAGCUCAUCAACCGGAUGAGCAAACUGAGGCCCCGAGAAGUGGAAGCCCCUGCCCGAGGUCACCCAGCGAACUCAGGGCAGAGCCGGGGCUCCCCAUUCCCGCACCGGGCCCUUCCCAGCGCCCUGCCUUGCCUGCUCCGUCAUAAGGCAGACCUGGCUGUGGCCGCAUUCACCAUCACAGCCGAGCGGGAGAAGGUCAUCGACUUCUCCAAACCCUUCAUGACCCUGGGGAUCAGCAUCCUCUACCGAGUGCACAUGGGCCGCAAGCCUGGCUACUUCUCCUUCCUGGACCCCUUCUCCCCUGCCGUGUGGCUCUUCAUGCUUCUCGCCUACCUGGCCGUCAGCUGCGUCCUGUUCCUGGCCGCCAGGCUGAGCCCCUACGAGUGGUAUAACCCACACCCGUGCCUGCGGGCACGCCCCCACAUCCUGGAGAACCAGUACACGUUGGGCAACAGCCUCUGGUUCCCUGUAGGGGGCUUCAUGCAACAAGGCUCGGAGAUCAUGCCCCGGGCGCUGUCCACACGCUGCGUCAGCGGAGUCUGGUGGGCCUUCACCUUGAUCAUCAUCUCUUCCUACACGGCCAACCUGGCUGCCUUUCUCACCGUGCAGCGCAUGGAGGUGCCCGUGGAGUCAGCUGAUGACCUGGCAGACCAGACCAACAUUGAGUAUGGCACCAUCCAUGCUGGCUCCACCAUGACCUUCUUUCAGAACUCACGGUACCAGACGUACCAGCGUAUGUGGAACUACAUGCAGUCGAAGCAGCCCAGUGUGUUUGUCAAGAGCACGGAAGAAGGCAUCGCGCGUGUUCUCAACUCCCGCUACGCCUUCCUGCUCGAGUCCACCAUGAACGAGUACCACCGGCGUCUCAACUGCAACCUCACCCAGAUCGGGGGCCUCCUCGACACCAAGGGCUACGGCAUCGGCAUGCCACUGGGCUCCCCGUUCCGGGAUGAGAUCACCCUGGCCAUCCUGCAGCUUCAGGAGAACAACCGGCUGGAGAUCCUGAAGCGCAAGUGGUGGGAGGGGGGCCGGUGCCCCAAGGAGGAGGAUCAUCGAGCUAAAGGUCUGGGCAUGGAGAACAUUGGUGGCAUUUUUGUCGUGCUCAUCUGUGGCCUCAUCAUUGCCGUCUUCGUGGCGGUCAUGGAAUUCAUAUGGUCCACACGGAGGUCGGCAGAGUCCGAAGAGGACAAGAAAGAUGACAAGGGCUCGCCCAAGAAGAACAAGGGCACCAAAGACCGCAGGGACCUGGAUGACCUCAAGAAGGAGGUGGCUAUGACAGAGCACAAGAUGUCCGUGGAAGAGGUCUGCCGGAAAUACAACACAGACUGCGUGCAGGGUCUGACCCACAGCAAAGCCCAGGAGAUCCUGGCCCGGGAUGGGCCUAACGCGCUCACACCACCACCCACCACCCCAGAAUGGGUCAAGUUCUGCCGCCAGCUCUUCGGGGGCUUCUCAAUCCUGCUGUGGAUCGGAGCCAUCCUCUGCUUCCUGGCCUAUGGCAUCCAGGCCGGCACAGAGGACGAUCCCUCUGGCGACAACCUGUACCUGGGCAUCGUGCUGGCAGCCGUGGUCAUCAUCACCGGCUGCUUCUCCUACUACCAGGAGGCCAAGAGCUCCAAGAUCAUGGAGUCCUUCAAGAACAUGGUUCCCCAGCAAGCCCUGGUGAUCCGGGAGGGUGAGAAGAUGCAGGUGAACGCUGAGGAGGUGGUGGUCGGGGACCUGGUGGAGAUCAAGGGUGGAGACCGAGUCCCGGCCGACCUGCGAAUCAUCUCAGCCCACGGUUGCAAGGUGGACAACUCCUCCCUGACUGGUGAAUCAGAGCCCCAGACCCGCUCUCCCGACUGCACACACGACAACCCCUUGGAGACUCGGAACAUCACCUUCUUUUCCACCAACUGCGUGGAAGGCACGGCUCGAGGUGUGGUGGUGGCCACGGGUGACCGCACUGUCAUGGGCCGCAUUGCCACCCUGGCUUCGGGGCUGGAGGUGGGCAAGACGCCCAUCGCCAUUGAGAUAGAGCACUUCAUCCAGCUCAUCACCGGCGUGGCUGUCUUCCUGGGCGUCUCUUUCUUCAUCCUGUCCCUCAUCCUCGGAUACACCUGGCUUGAGGCUGUCAUCUUCCUCAUCGGCAUCAUCGUGGCCAAUGUCCCGGAGGGCCUGCUGGCCACUGUCACUGUGUGUCUGACGCUGACCGCCAAGCGCAUGGCUCGGAAGAACUGCCUUGUGAAAAACCUGGAGGCCGUGGAGACCCUGGGCUCCACAUCCACCAUUUGCUCGGACAAGACGGGGACCCUCACCCAGAACCGCAUGACGGUUGCCCACAUGUGGUUUGACAACCAGAUCCAUGAGGCUGACACCACUGAGGACCAGUCAGGGACCUCGUUCGACAAGAGCUCGCACACCUGGGUAGCCCUGUCCCACAUCGCCGGACUCUGCAACCGUGCCGUCUUCAAGGGAGGUCAGGACAACAUCCCCGUGCUCAAGAGGGACGUGGCCGGCGAUGCCUCAGAGUCCGCCCUGCUCAAGUGCAUCGAGUUGUCCUCCGGCUCCGUGAAGCUGAUGCGUGAACGGAACAAGAAAGUGGCCGAGAUUCCCUUCAAUUCUACCAACAAAUACCAGCUCUCCAUCCACGAGACCGAGGACCCCAACGACAACCGAUACCUGCUGGUGAUGAAGGGCGCCCCCGAGCGCAUCCUGGACCGCUGCUCCACCAUCCUGCUGCAGGGCAAGGAACAGCCACUGGACGAGGAGAUGAAGGAGGCCUUCCAGAAUGCCUACCUCGAGCUCGGCGGCCUGGGCGAACGAGUGCUCGGUUUCUGCCAUUACUACCUGCCCGAGGAGCAGUUCCCCAAGGGCUUUGCCUUUGACUGUGACGAUGUGAACUUUACCACGGACAACCUCUGCUUCGUCGGCCUCAUGUCCAUGAUCGACCCGCCCCGGGCCGCCGUCCCCGACGCAGUGGGCAAGUGCCGCAGCGCCGGCAUCAAGGUCAUCAUGGUCACGGGUGAUCACCCCAUCACGGCAAAGGCCAUCGCCAAGGGCGUGGGCAUCAUCUCCGAGGGCAACGAGACUGUGGAGGACAUCGCUGCCCGGCUCAACAUUCCCGUCAGCCAGGUCAACCCCCGGGAUGCCAAGGCCUGUGUGAUCCAUGGCACCGACCUCAAGGACUUCACCUCUGAGCAAAUCGAUGAGAUCCUGCAGAACCACACGGAGAUCGUCUUUGCCCGCACGUCCCCCCAACAGAAGCUCAUCAUCGUGGAGGGCUGUCAGAGACAGGGAGCAAUCGUGGCCGUGACUGGCGAUGGCGUGAACGACUCCCCUGCCCUGAAGAAGGCAGACAUCGGUGUGGCCAUGGGCAUUGCCGGCUCUGACGUGUCCAAGCAGGCAGCGGACAUGAUUCUGCUGGACGACAACUUUGCCUCCAUCGUCACGGGUGUAGAAGAGGGCCGCCUGAUUUUCGACAACCUGAAGAAAUCCAUCGCCUACACCCUGACCAGCAACAUUCCUGAGAUCACACCCUUCUUACUGUUCAUCAUGGCCAACAUCCCGCUGCCUCUGGGCACCAUCACCAUCCUCUGCAUCGACCUGGGCACUGACAUGGUCCCUGCCAUCUCCUUGGCAUACGAGGCUGCGGAGAGUGACAUCAUGAAGAGACAGCCCAGGAACCCACGCACGGACAAGCUGGUCAAUGAGAGGCUCAUCAGCAUGGCCUACGGGCAGAUUGGAAUGAUCCAGGCUCUCGGUGGCUUCUUUUCCUACUUUGUGAUCCUGGCAGAAAAUGGCUUCUUGCCCAGCAACCUGGUGGGCAUCCGGCUGAACUGGGAUGACCGAACCGUCAAUGACCUGGAGGACAGUUACGGGCAGCAGUGGACAUACGAGCAGAGGAAGGUGGUGGAGUUCACGUGCCACACGGCCUUCUUCGUGAGCAUCGUGGUCGUGCAGUGGGCCGACCUGAUCAUCUGCAAGACCCGGAGGAACUCCGUCUUCCAGCAGGGCAUGAAGAACAAGAUCCUCAUCUUCGGGUUGUUUGAGGAGACGGCCCUCGCUGCCUUCUUGUCCUACUGCCCAGGCAUGGACGUGGCCCUCCGCAUGUACCCUCUCAAGCCCAGCUGGUGGUUCUGUGCCUUCCCCUACAGUUUCCUCAUCUUCGUCUACGAUGAGAUCCGCAAACUCAUCCUGCGCAGGAACCCCGGGGGUUGGGUGGAGAAGGAAACCUACUACUGACCUCACCCCCCCCACAUCGCCCAUUUCUUCCCUGCCCCCCAAGCCCAGGACAGCCCCCACCAGUCCCCCCAUUUUGUAUUCUGGGGGAGGGGCCCUCUCUCCCCGUGGCCCCACCUUGACCCUCACCCCCUCAACUUACCUUCCGCCUCCCACCCUCUCUCCCCUCUGGCUGGCUUCUCUCCCCGCCCCCCCCACUUCCCCCCUCUCUUUUCUGUGUCUCUGUUCCUCUCCCUCUCCUCGUCCCUUCCUCCCUGCCCCCACCCAGCCCCCUCCCUGGGCUCUUUUUUACUCCCCCUCACCCCUGGCUGAUGCCAUCUCUGGUUCUGGACAAUUAUCAAAUAUAUCAGUGGGGAGAGAGAA